CAGGAUCGGAGAACUUUGGCCGUCAGAGAGGCGUUCGUCCAAGCCAAAGCAGUUCUGCCCCUCCCCACAGCUGGAAGACACCGGACGAACAAGUUGACGUCUGUCUACUAUUUGCUAGCCGGGUCGUGGGCGAGCUGCAAGAUGAGCAACAUUCAGAACUCUGAGAAUUUGAACUCCUCGGCGAAGCAGCCUCUGCUCACUCGGCAAGCAGAUUCUGAUGUGAGCCUGCCGGACUAUAUCCACGGGCCCGAGGAGGGCGGCAGUACGAGUCGUUCUUCUGGGUCCGACGCGGGCCAGGUAGUGUUUCAGAUCUCACCCAGGCUUGGUGUCAGUAUCCGGCUGAGUGCUGUUGCAGUGAACAUUGCCCUGUCAGUACUCACCGUAUUAGCACAGGUCGGCAUGACGGUCACCUUGCCUAUGUUCUCCAGCGCACUGGGCUCACACAUGAUCUGCGGCGAGCUGAAGCCCGUCGGCGACGUCUACUUCCUGCUGCUGUUCUCGGCGUUCUGGUUCAUCGUCUUCUUCGGCGCUCUCCUUCUGCUGGCGCGCUUCCUGAACCCGGAGUUCUCGCUUCGUUCCAACGUUAGCCACUCCAACAGGGUGCUGCUCGGCAGCUUCAACGUCCUCAACGGCCUUCUGCUGGUGUUCAGCAGCCCGGACGAUCGCACACCGGUGUUCCUGCAGCCGCUGCUGUCGACGAUUAUCAUACCGUUCACCGUGUUCUUCAGCUACGUGAUCCUGCGCAAGAAGGAGAGCGCGCCGCGUCUGAUCUGCUGCCUGAUCGUCAUCAUCGGCCUCGUCAUCUCCACCGAGCCAGUCAUCUUCAACAUUGACGGCCAGGGCAGCAGUGGGCCGGUGAAGACCAAGGCCAUCACGCGCUUCGUCUGGAGCUGCGUGUUCAUGAUCGGCUUCGUACCGCUGGCCAUCAACAACGUCGUCGAGGAAAAGCUGCUCAAGCAGUCGGCAAAGAAAGCGGAGGCUUGCGGCGGCGAGGCGGCAAAGGAACACGACGUCAACGCGCUGCUGCUGAUGUUCUGGAUCAACUUUUGGACGUUCGUCCUGUACGUGGUGCUCUUCUGGGUCGACUUCAUCCCGGUCUUCGGCACCGUCAGUGGCUUCCACGACUUCAAGGCGCACAUGAGCGACGGCAUGCGCUGCAUGUUCGGCAACCCGCGAGGCCCCAGCGAGUAUUUUGCGAACGUGAGCGCGAGCUGUGCGUCGACGCUGAACGACCCGACGCAGUUCAACCCGGACCCGAGCUGCUCGGUGCCGGUCAGCUACUGCUGGAUGUUUGUGACGUUCUACUGCCUGGCCAACCUGUUCAGCCUGAUGCUGAUUAAGUACGCGGCCGGCGCUGUCUACCUGGUGGUAGUGCAAGGGCUGAUCACGCCGCUUGGUGCCAUCUUCUGGUACCUGUUCAAGAUGGACCGGACGGCGCACGUCUCGUGGCACCCAGUCUACCACGCCGGCGCCUCCACCUACACGCUCAUCGGCCUGCUGCUGAUGGUGCCCGCCGUCGUGGCCUACAAUGUCCUGGGCAGGCGUGCUGCCACCACUGCUCAGCAAGAGCAAGAGCAAGAGGCGGCCAUUCGCGACGCCGAGCAGAGCGAAGCGCGAGGAAUCCGGCUCUAACUGUUCCGCUGUCCAGGAACCGACGUCACCCUGUAAGUCAAGGCUUUAUCGGCCACUGGGUCGUGUCUAACCGCCAAUUCAGUGAUAUGAUGCUAUUUAUUUUAUUUAUUUAUAAAUUUUAUAUACUCAAUCUCCAGACAGCUAGCUGCGUCGAUCUUGUUGUCGUCUCUGCAACAUGCUUUACAUGGUAGAGUGUGCAUUGGUCAUUCUACAGAGUAGCGCUAGUCUGAAGGUCUUAUCAAAAUAAUGAUCAUCACGAUACACUCGGAUCACCGGGCACCCUUGCCUCUCGGUUUGCACCCAUUGACAAAGAAUAAUUCUGAUUGUUAAUUCUGGAUGCAGUUCUACUGUAGGUGGGUGUUUCUGCCACCCGAUCACUUUGACCUAGAGCUGUUGAUUGUGACGUCGUUGCUGAGUUCGAUCUUGUCCAUCUUGGAGAAUUCUUAUCCUUGCUAAGCUACACAAGGAUUUUAGCAGCAGCAGCAGCAGCAUUAUUUUUUAUGCGCCUUUACAUGUAGGUUUUGUGUAGUGUUAGAUAUUAGGAUUUUUACCAACGGAAAUAAAUAGCAAUUUCCUACUUGGAACUGUUUCAAAUAGGGGUAGGAAGGUCUUCAGUCCAAUCCACCCUUGCAUUCUCUUCUUCCUUCUGUACUGGUGAUUCCACUUCAACAUACUUACGAGAAUUCUCGUUUUGAAUUUUUUGGCCGGCAUUGUACAUGCCGUGGCUCAUUGCCUUUGUAGUUUAACUUCUUUUCUGCUGUCUUGCAGUUUUGCUUCAUCUUGUAUCCUCUAGUCUGAAAUCUGAAGCACAAGAAAGUUGUGUCGUUUCUGAAUAUUUUCGUAAGGGGCCAUCCGUAAAUAUAGAUAUUUAUUUAGAAACGAAAACUAGUCGUUUAGGG